ACACUGAGGUUAGGGAGUACCCAUGGAUGCUCUGAUGCUGGCCCUGGGCCUCGGGGGUGACAGUGAUGAGGAACUGGGUGCACACAUGAGUGGGGCAGCCGGGCCUGGCCAGAGAAGCAACACAUACGUGCACAGACGUGUUUACCCACGUACGCGUGUGCACGCACGUGCACACAUUGCAGGCAGGCAUGUUGACGCCCCAGGCAGCGGAGGACCCUGACUCUGGGCCCUGCUGACCCGGGCAGGGCCCCGUUGUGAUGCGUGCCAUGACCUCAGAAUGCCACGGUGGGUGGGGAGGAGGGAAGGGUCCUCAGAACACACCUGGGGCCUAAGCUGGGUCCUGAUGGUCACUGUGGGACCCACUGGACACACACGGUCCCUUGUCUGGGAGUGGCACGGGGAGCCUUCUGCCCUUGGGCAGUUGUGGAAAGUGAAGGAGCCCUGGAGGGCUGGCUCUGGGGAGACUAUCUUCCCUUGUGUUCGAAGGGGUCUAGGCACUGGGCUUCUCCCCAAGUAUUUCUUAUUCUGUCUGGCCUCGCUUUCCUUUUGCCCUGAGUAUUCUCAGGAGGGACGGUCCAUCUAGAUGUUCUCCAGGAGCAAGGACCCACUGUUCUUCAUCAUUGACCCAGGAAAAUGAAGCCCCCUCCUAUAGGGACAGCUCAGAAUGGUGGAGUCCACAGUCCCUCCCCGAGAGAUGUGGUUUCCAUGAGCGCAGUGGCUGCUUUGGAGACAGUAGAUCAUUUUCAUCCCUCAUCCCCAAAACCAAACACACUCCCGCUCAAAUGGCGUUAUUCCUAAAGCAGCUUCACUGGUUAGACCGAAGGGCCACGGUAGCCCAAGUGAUGAGCGAGGUAGAACGGAGCAGUCAGGAGAGACCUUGUUCCCCAUAGGAAACUGGGCAUCUCUGUGGCCCUGAGUAUCCCAGGAGGCUGAUCGUACAGAGACCUCUGGUGCCUGACCCCAGUUCGCAUCCACAACCCUGGAAUAGCCCAUCACAGGCCCUUCACCCUUGGCAGGUGGACACCGUUCAACCUGCUGGGGCAGGAUGAACGUGGUGGAGGAUGUAGAUAGUUGGCGGGCGCAGGAGCGAGAGGACGUCAUCAGGAAAUAUGAACAGGGGCACCAAGCUGGGCUGCCAGAGGACAAGGGGCCUGUGCUCAUCAGAAUGUUCGAACACAUGGAUCUGUUUGGGAUUGUGCAUGAGAUGGAGCUGCCUUCUCUGACUGCGCGGGAGGCAAAGCGAAUUCGGCGGGAGACAAGGAGAAACAGCAAGUGGCUGGAGAUGCUGGGCGAAUGGGAGACGUACAAGAACAGUGAAAAGCUCGUAGAUCGCAUAUACGAGGGAAUUCCCACGAACAUCCGGGGCCCGGCGUGGUCAGUCCUCCUGAACAUUCAGGAAAUCAAGUUAAAAAACCCCAGCAAAUACAAGCUCGUGAAGCAGAAGGGCAAGAGGUCAUCUGAACACAUCCACCAGAUCGACCGGGAUGUUAGCAGGACUCUCCAGAACCAUGUCUUCUUCAGGCAUCGAUAUGGAGCCAGGCAGCGGGAACUCUUCUACAUCCUCCUGGCAUCUGCGGAGUAUAACCCGGAGGUGGGCUACCACAGGAACCUGAGCCACAUCGCCCCCUUGUUCCUCCUGUAUCUGCCUGAGGAGGACGCAUUCUGGGCACCGGUGCAGCUGCUGGCCAGUGAGAGGCACUCCCUGCAGGGAUUCCACAGCCCAAAUGGCGGGACAGUCCAGGGGCUCCAAGACCAUCAGGAGCAUGUGGUACCCACGUCACAACCCAAGACCAUGUGGCAUCUGAUCUCUCUCGGGCUGACCCUGCGCCUGUGGGACGUGUACCUGCUACAAGGAAAACAAGCACGGAUGCCCAUGACCACCAUUGCGUUCGAGGUGCAGAAGAAGCGCCUCAAGGAGACAUCCAGUUCUGGCCUGUGGGCGUGCUUUCGGAGCCAGUUCUGCCGUCACUGGGCCAGGGAUGAUGACACGGUGCUCAAGCACGUCAGGGCCUCUGUGAACAAACGAGGGAGGAAGCAAGCGGACCUGCCACCCUCAGCCAAAGCCGAGCAAGGGUCCUCGGCACCCGGGCCUGUGCUGGCUUCACGUGGCGGGAAGACCUUCUGCAAGGGGGACAGGCAGGCCCCUCCAGGCCCACCAGCCCGGUUCCAGCGGCCCAUUUGGUCAGCUUUCCCGCCACGGGCACCUCAUUCUUCCACACCCUGUCCUGGUGGGGCUGUCCGGGAAGACAGCUACCCUGUGGGCACUCAGGGUGUGCCCAGCCCGGCCCUGGCUCAGGGAGGACCUCAGGGUUCCUGGAGAUUCCUGCAGUGGAACUCCAUGCCCCGUCUCCCGAUGGACCUGGAUGUAGGGGGCCCUUGGUUCCCCCAUUAUGAUUUCGAACAGAGCUGCUGGGUCCGUGCCAUAUCCCAGGAGGACCAGCUGGCCACCUGCUGGCAGGCUGAACACUCUGCCGAGGGAGUGAGAUUGGCUCUCGCUGCACCCAGCACUGAUUCCGACCAGGACACCUCCUUCGCAGCUAGGGACGAGGAGCAGUGCACUCCCACCUCAGGGCCUUAUUAUUUAGUUAAUAGGAUUGUACUCAUGUUACAUCUCUCAAUUUUUUUUUAAGAGAUAAAGUCUCACUCUGUCACCCAGGCUGGAGUGCAGUGGUGCAAUCAUGGCUCACUGCUUCCUGGAACUCAUGGGCUCCAGCAAUCCUCCUGCCUCAGCCUCCUGACUAGGUGGGACUAUAGGCACACGCCACCGUGCCUGCUAAUUUCUUGGACUUUUCUCUAGAGACAGGGUCCACCCGUGUUUCCCAGGCUGGUCUCAGACUUCUAGACUCAAGUGAACCUGAACCUCCCGCCUCGACCUCUCAAAUUGCUGGGAUUACAGGUGUGAGCCACCACACCCGGCCUGAAUUUCUUAUGUGCCAUGCUACUACAAAACGUCAUUAGGGCUUCCUUCCCCUCCCUCCUUCCCUCCUUUCCUUCCUCCCUCCCUUCCGUCCUUCCUUCCUUCCCUCCCUCCCUCCCUCUCUCCCUCCCUCUGUGGCCCCGGCUGGAGUAAACUGGGCUCGCUGCAGACUCCCUGCGUCCGGCUCCCGUGAUUCUCCUGCCCUGGCCUGCGCGCUGCCUGGGAUUGCCGCCGCGCGCCACCACCCCUCCCUGGUUUUUCUCCUUUGGCUGGAGGCGCCGUUUCGCCAUGUCGGCCAGGCUGGUCUCCAGCUCCUGACCUCCACUGCUCUGCCCG